CCCCAGCACUACUUCUCUUUAACCCCCCAAGCGCUGAGGAGUCACGUGUGCAGAUGACGUCACACUCCUGCUCCUAGAACCAUGCAGACGUGUAUGGUGCAGGGGACCCCAGUACUGUAGAGGAAGCUGCAGGCUGCGUCCACUGACAUGGAAAUGUUUGCGCAUUUGACAACUCCGAGCACAGACGAAAUAAAAAAGUCCAUGGACAGCUUGCUGCAGUUUUUACAGAUGACUGCACAAAUCUCUGGGGCUCACACUGUCGAGUUUUAUACUCAAGAUAUUUGGAAGAACCUUGUGGCCGUUUCUCCUGAAUCUGUCCUUUCAAUCUUUAGUCAACAGCAAAAGCCUUAUCAUGAAUAUAGAGAGGCUCCAGACAUAUCCAGUAUAUUUUCUCCAGCUACUAAGCAACUGGUGAACUUGGAAUCAUUUGUAGAAGCCGCUCAGUACAACUCCCUAAUGAGUUUGGGCUUGUGCACUCCCAUUGAUGAACUAUUCGAAACCUUUGCAGCCCAAAGGGCCAGAAAGCUUGAUCACAAAAUAAAAACGGAUCAGUUUAUGAACGAUAAAAAGUCGCACGAAGUUGUUAUAAUGUCACAGCUUGUAGAAGCCCUAACAAAUGUCUAUGGUGUGAAACAGGUCAUAGACUUGGGAGCUGGAAAAGGUUAUUUAAGCUCAUAUUUAUCCAUGCACUAUGGCCUAAAAGUUUAUGGGAUUGACUCUUCUCAUACCAAUACAGAUGGAGCCAACAAGAGAAACCGGAAAUUGAAAAAAUAUUGGCAAGUCUAUAAAACUGAUGCCAGAACCACUUCAAAGGCAAAGAAAUCUGACCAGAAGAAAGAAGGUUUAUUGCUGAAGAACUCUUCUCAAGAUGUGAUUGCUGAUCAAGACAUUUCAAGACAAAGAAGGAGUGCUAUACGAUGCACAGGACUGUCCAAUUCAGAGUCAGACUACUCCAAGUGGACUAGUAAUGAGGAAAGCAAUCAAGUCACGGAAAAUACAGAGUCGGAUAAUUCUUCAGACUCUACGUUUUCAUUUUUAGACAUCUUACCUGCUGGAGCUGUUGAAGUGCCCUCAAUGUCACAAAGCAUUAGCAAAGUUCUCAGCGAACAAGAAAAAGAGCAAAGGAAGAUGGAGAACAUAAAGGCCAAAAAAUUUACGGAGUCCCAUGUUUAUUCACCCCUCACAUCCUAUGUCACUGCUGACACUGAGCUUCAUGACCUAAUUGCGGAUCUAGAGAAAUCUAUUAUGGUCGGGCUACAUACAUGUGGCGAUCUUGCCCCAAACACCAUGCGGAUUUUCAUUUCAAAACCAGAAAUUAAAGCCGUAUGCAGCGUCGGUUGCUGUUACCAUUUCCUUUCAGAACAGUUUGAUCACUUAGAAGAAGAACAGACGGAGGGAUCGUGGGGGUUUCCAAUGAGUCAGUAUUUGAAGGAAAGAAGCUGGCACGUUGGCCGGAACGCUAGGAUGUCCGCUUGUUUGGCUUUGGAGCGUGUUGCGGUCGGCCAAGGGCUUCCUACUGAGUCCUUAUUUUAUCGAGCAGUACUUCAGGUCAUCUGCAAAGAAGUCUAUGGCAUCACACAAAGGUCCUAUUCACUAGUUCCACAGAGUGAGAAUAUCCUUAAAAUUGACCAACGCGUUGGAAAGAUCUUUUCCAAGUCAUCAUCCUUUACAGACUACGUCAGGAAGUCUCUAAAAAAAUUUGGCCAAGAUGACUCAAAGCUUUCAGAUAAAGAAAUAAUGGGAUACUAUCAAAAGUAUGACCUGAGACGAAAUGAGUUGGAAGCGUUCAACAGGCUCAAAGUUUUUCUGGCUCCUUGUAUCGAGGCCUUGAUCCUCCUGGACCGCCUCAGCUAUCUGCGAGAACAGGAGAACAUAGUUUGGUCUGGUGUGGUGAAAUUGUUUGACCCUGUGAAAUCUCCACGAUGCUAUGCAGUGGUUUCAUUGAAGCAGCCAUGAAGAAUUAUUGCACGCUAUGUCGCAUGAAUAGGAUAAUGGUAUACAAUGAAGCUGCAAUAUCCAUGAGAUACAGAUUUCAUAUAUAAAAACAUGUGCUGCAGUCAGCAUCUAAAUACCUGCCCUAGCACGUCUUGGAUAUGGUCUCACAGCAGUGUUACAUUAAUUACUCUGGUGACAUCCAGUAGUGUCUGGUGGCCAUAACACUGUAAGCACAUGUGCUUUUGAGAAAUCUGAAGAAGGGCUCAUUAAUAUAUGUUAAAUAUAAAAGUUUUUAGUAUGAAAAUAUUUUGUGUACUUUUCUUAAAGGAGUCAUCCAGUGUAAAUGAAAACCUCCCCAAUGCCCCUGAACAUGUUCAAUUAAUAAAAUAACAUAUACUUACCAAUUUAUACACUGCUUAUGUUCCAGUCCUCUCCUCUCUUUUGUGUUUACAGGCUGCAUAUGGUAAAUGACUGCUGCAGCCAAUCGCUGUCCUCAGCAGUAUAGGGCACAAGACCGCUGAGGUCAGUGAUUGGCUUCAGCAGUCACAUGCCGUUUGCAGCUACUGUAAGACACUGCUUAAGCCUGUAGACACAAACCAGAGGUGCAUACCAGAGCAGCAGCACUGGAAACUGCAGGGGAUUAACUGGUGAGUAUAUUUUAUUUUAACACAUUCAGGAGUACUGGGGAGGUUUUAAGUCAAGCAAAAGUUUGAAUGCAUUUUUAAUUUGCAGACCCUAAUGUAUUUUGAGACAUUUAUGUUUUAGAUGUGUUUGAUUAUAAAUAUUUUAUAUCUCUGGGUAUCAUUAUGUCUUUUGUUGUAUCUGUGCUUCAGUGGACUUUUUUAGAUUUUAGAAAGGCAUAUUCUGGACUUUUAACCUGUUUAUAAGAUCGAUAAGAUUUGAAUAAUAAAGAUAAUUUGAUAACA